AUGAACUUUAAUAAUCCAACGAAGUUUUUAUGUUCUUCAAGUUGGACUAGAAAAAUCCAACAGAGUAGAAAACCAGAAGAUUGCUCCAUUUUACAGUUAGAUAUUCUUGUUUGCUUGAGGAGGUUGGAAGUUAAAGAGCAAGACACUACUAACUACAAUUCAGUAAUGAAAGAGUAUAAAAGUGUAUUUGAUUUGCCAGAUACAGAUAACAACAAAAACAUUUUCAGUAUAAUCCCACCAGGUGGGGUAUUUGAACAUCUUUUACAACGCCAAUUGAUCUCCUUGGUUGACAACAGAGGGCACAGCCAAUCUGUUGAAUUCCGUCCAGUGAGGCUUUUGAUCUCAUCACAUGAACUACAUCUGGGACUGAAAUCAUACCGUUCUUGUCCAAUUGAACUGGACAUCUUGUCAAUAGUUUCAAUGUUGAGUUAG